UUAUAUUAUUUUCUUUAUCUUUAUGUUUAAUUAUUUGAAAUAUUUACAGUUUAAAAGAAAAAAAAUUAAAUGAAUGAGUAGGUAGGCAAAGAGCUGAGGGAGAGAAUUCCUGGCAGAAAGAACAACAUGUAAAGGCCCAAAGGGAAAUGAAAGCACGAAGUGUUUGGGAAACUCAAAGUAGGUCAGUUGAGUUGAAAUUGGAGGAGGGCAUGCUUACUAGUAGGAGGUGGUGUAAGUUUGGGAAGGAGUUGAGGCCAGAAAUCAUGGGCCAAAUAAUAAUGAGGAAACCAUUAAGAAGAGUUUAGAUCUCAUUCUGAUGACAAUAGGGAAUCACUGAAUGGUUUUAAAUGGGAAAUGACAUGAUCAGAUUUGCACUUUAGAAAAAUCUUUCUGACUAAGUAUGGACAAUGAAUUGGUUAAAUUACUCAUCUUAAUGUGAUAUCCUAUUUGCUGUUAUAUAAAAGUGAAAAUAAUUGUAUGGCUUGAAGAGGUACUGAAAAAUCUUAUGGUCUAUUUCCCCUUUUGUCUAGUAAGAACACAAAAAUUUAAAAAAACUUUAUCUUUCUACUUCUUUUAAAUAUUCAGAAAAGAAUAACUCUGAUCUUCUUAAACUGUCAAAUUAAGAAAUAGGAACUGCUAUGUAACGUAGACUCUGAAUCCAUCUAAUGCACUCUGAGUCUUUUUCUCUAUAUCCACAUUGUUACCAAAUUCAAGAAGUGUUUAUUGAGCACCUACUAUGUGAAAAGCAUAUGUGGGGAGACACAAAUGAGCUUGAGGUGCCAACUCUAUUCUCAAGAAACAUUUAGACUAGUGAAGUGGAAACCUUACUCUUUCAGUAGAAUUUCUUAAGGCUUUAAUCAUUUCUUUGUUUUUCUUUUAAUCAUUUUGAAAUUCUCCACAUCCUACCUAUGUUGAGGUUCACCAAAUUAAACAGCACUCCAAAAGGAGAUGACAAUACUAAUAUUUCAAUCAUGGUUUGUAUAAGCUUUAUGGCCUAGAAUCAUUUUAAAUAUUUAGCUUUUGUACAGUGAAUUUAAUCAAACCACUAUUUUGUUUGUUUUUUUCUUGCACAACUAUCUAAUUUGCCAGAUUGGUUUUUUAUCAGGUAAAUAUACCAUAAUUUAAGGAUUGAAGAAUGACAAAUUUGUUGAGAUUCAAGGCAAGACUGAAUAUCACUCAUUCCAAGUCUUCUAUGUGCCUCCAAAAGGUUUAUAAAAAAUCUACCGUAGAGAAAAUGAAGAUAAUUCUGAUUUCAAGCAAGGGAAGGAUUACUGAGGGGAUGACAGCCUUUGUAAAGCACGCUCCUCCGCUUUCUCUCAUACUGUAAAACACAGACAAUGGCAGCUGUGGUGACCUGCCUGCCAUGAAGAAACUGUGCACUGAGAUUUUCAGCUUGGUGCUGUCUGCAUGCUUGCAUAGAUGAUUCCUUGGUAUAUGGAAACCUAAGGCAGUGUUACAAUGUCAAAGGUAAUGUGGACACUGGUUUGAGAGAGAAUUGUAAACCAGGGAUGAAUGUCUUCUCUUCUGGGACAUUCUUUUGCCUGUGCCCUCAUAUGUUGAUCUGUUCCAGACUUCCCAGGGGCCUGGUGCUCAUAAACUGCCCUCCAGCAAUCAGGAUUCCCACUGCAGCACCAAUAGUCUCCUUCCUCCGGGGCCAUCACUCUUUCUCCAAUCAAAGCUGAUCUGUCUAGUGCCAUUUCCCUCAUUGGUCGCUAGGCCUCAUACUUCAUGACCUAAUAAGUUAAAUCAAGGUAACGUGCGUUGCAAGUCUUCACAGGUGUCCAAAAUUUAGAAGAAUGGGAAAAGUAGAAAUAUCAAGCAUAUGUUAGGUCCAAGUUGGAGAGAUUUUUUUUGGAGGGGGGAGACAAGGAGUCUUCCUUCAGGCUCCUCACAUUAUACUUUGGAGGCAGGUCUUGUUUUGCAUCUCCACAAAAGCAUUCUUGAUGAAACUAUUCAGACAGUCUUCAAGAAAAUAAUAGUCAAAACUUAAGCACGGCAUCCUACAACUCUUUAACACUUAUAAAAAUCUGAACACAUUCUUGCCGAAGAACUGUAGAAACUCCACAGUGCAAGUCAGUCGAUUGAGUAUUUGCAGGGCAACUCUAAGCAUCAAAGUGAGAUUUUUGGUCAAUAAUAUAUUUGAAAUUUCCCCAUGGGUGGAGUGGAGGACUUUCAAGCUUAAGGCAUACUGCCCAGUAUAUGAUCUGUUUUUUCAGUUUAGCUUGAGAUCAGAUGUUCCUUUCCUUUUCUGAUUUCAAGUCAGAUCCCUGGGGAGAUUGUCAAAUGGCAUCUUAUUUUCAAAAAUUUGAAAUGCAUAUGCAUUCACAGAGAUGGCGGUUGUGAAUGAAAAUGUGGAAGAGUACAUAUUAAACUUCAGCACAAUUAUAGAAUUUCAGAGCUGGAAGGCACUUCAGCAACCAUCUCAGCCUGAGAGUUUAUAAGAAGAAAUGAGCUUCCUCGUCCAAUUCAGUAUUUAUGCUGGUCGCCUGUUGGGAGCAUAUGUCUAUCAAAACAAUAUCUAUCUGAAACAAAGACCAGAAGACCCACCUUUUCAAAUAACAUAUAAUGGAAAAGAAAAUAAAAUAUUUAAUGGAAUCCCAGACUGGGUUUAUGAAGAGGAAAUGCUUGCUACAAAAUAUGCUCUCUGGUGGUCUCCUAAUGGAAAAUUUUUGGCAUAUGCAGAAUUUAAUGAUACAGAGAUACCAGUUAUUGCCUAUUCCUAUUAUGGCGAUGAACAAUAUCCUAGAACAAUAAAUAUUCCAUACCCAAAGGCUGGAGCUAAGAACCCCAUUGUUCGGAUCUUUAUUGUUGAUGGCACUUAUCCUGAGCAUGUAGGUCCCAGAGAAGUGCCAGUUCCAGCAAUGAUAGCCUCAAGUGAUUAUUAUUUCAGUUGGCUUACAUGGGUUACUGAUGAGCGAAUAUGUUUGCAGUGGCUGAAAAGAAUCCAGAAUGUUUCAGUCUUAUCUAUAUGUGAUUUCAGGGAAGACUGGAAGACAUGGAGCUGUCCAAAGACCCAGGAACAUAUAGAAGAAAGCAGAACUGGAUGGGAUGGUGGAUUCUUUGUUUCAACACCAGCUUUCAACUAUGAUGCCAUUUCAUACUACAAAAUAUUUAGCGACAAGAAUGGCUACAAACAUAUUCACUAUAUCAAAGACACUGUGGAAAAUGCUAUUCAAAUUACAAGUGGCAAGUGGGAGGCCAUAAAUAUAUUCAGAGUAACACAGGAUUCACUGUUUUAUUCUAGCAAUGAAUUUGAAGGCUACCCUGGAAGACGAAAUAUCUAUAGAAUUAGCAUUGGAAGCUAUCCUCCAAGCAAGAAGUGCAUUACUUGCCAUCUAAGGAGAAAAAGGUGCCAAUAUUACACAGCAAGUUUCAGCGACUAUGCCAAGUACUAUGUCCUCGUCUGUUACGGCCCAGGCCUCCCAAUUUCCACCCUUCAUGACGGCCACACUGAUCAAGAACUUAAAAUCCUGGAAGAAAAUAAGGAAUUGGAAAAUGCUUUGAAAAAUAUCCAGCUGCCUAAAGAGGAAAUUAAGAAACUUGAAGUGGAUGAUAUUACUUUAUGGUACAAGAUGAUUCUUCCUCCUCAGUUUGACAGAUCAAAGAAGUAUCCCUUGUUAAUUCAAGUGUAUGGUGGUCCCUGCAGUCAGAGUGUAAGGUCUGUAUUCGCUCUUAGUUGGAUAUCUUAUCUUGCAAGUAAGGAAGGGAUAGUCAUUGCCUUGGUGGAUGGUCGAGGAACAGCUUUCCAAGGUGACAAACUUCUGUAUGCAGUGUAUCGAAAGCUGGGUGUUUAUGAAGUUGAGGACCAGAUCACAGCUGUCAGAAAAUUCAUAGAAAUGGGUUUCAUUGAUGAAAAAAGAAUAGCCAUAUGGGGCUGGUCCUACGGAGGUUAUGUUUCAUCGCUGGCCCUUGCUUCAGGAAGUGGUCUUUUCAAAUGUGGAAUAGCGGUGGCUCCAGUCUCCAGCUGGGAAUAUUACGCAUCUAUCUACACAGAGCGAUUCAUGGGCCUCCCAACAAAGGAUGAUAAUCUCGAGCAUUAUAAAAAUUCAACUGUGAUGGCAAGAGCAGAAUAUUUCAGAAAUGUAGACUAUCUUCUCAUCCACGGAACAGCAGAUGAUAAUGUGCACUUUCAAAACUCAGCACAGAUUGCUAAAGCUCUGGUUAAUGCACAAGUGGAUUUCCAGGCAAUGUGGUACUCAGACCAGAACCAUGGCAUAUCCGGCCUGUCUACGAAGCACUUAUACACCCACAUGACCCACUUCCUAAAGCAAUGUUUUUCUUCGUCAGAGUAAAAACGAUGCAGAUACAAGACUGUAUCACAAUCUGAACACUUCCUAUAAAUGCCUCAGACUGUUUGCUUGUUUUACUCUUUAUGCUGUUAAAUGUUGGUAUAAACAAACAAACGAAUGUUGUUCUGAAGGCUGACAGAAAAUUCAGAGGACUCAGAAGUUCAACCUAAAUAUUGUUUACAUUUUCUGGCACUCUGUGAAAGAAGAGAAAAGGAGGCCAUACCUUUUGCUUUGGACACAGACAGUGUUUUAUCACCUGUUCGUUUGAGGGAAAAAGAAUAAAGUCAGAAGUUAA